AUUUUCAUUUCUUUUUCAUUAAAAUCUUACGACUGGUUGAUAUUUCUACCAUUUCUCCGUUCUAUUAAAUUUGAUUGAAAAUAAAAGCAGAUUUCCAUCCACUUUGUUCCAUUUCACCAAUGUCGCAGCUACUGUGGUUCAACCUCUUGGUUUGCUCCUGUCUGAAUCGCUUUGGUUUAUUCCAUACUGUUCGACAAAGUUUUCGACCGUUGCUUUCGAUCGAAUCCAUUUCCAUCGUGUCCCAAACCUAUUGUUUCAAAAGCAUGAAACUUUUAAUCCCAGAUCUUGUUUUACGAAAUCACUAAGAUGAAAUUUUAUAUGAACUGUAAUUAUCUAGUAAUUCCACACUUUUGUUUUUGUGGAAACUUACGAUGAUUUCCGUAAUCCUCUAUUGACUAGUUUCUAUAGCAUAGCUCAAUGUCUUGAAUUCCAAUAAAGAACGAUAAAUCUCGACCAAUCUGCUAAAACAAUCGUCAAUUGAUGCCCAUUCCGAAGUCAUUCCGGAUACAUGGCAACAAAAAUUCAAAAAGAAUACGUUCUCAAAUCCAAAAGUUCAAUGAACGGAGCUACUGUAUGCAUUUUUGCUUAUCUGACUACCGGUAUGCCAUGGCAUGAUCGCGCUCUUUUUUCGAUGGUUUGCUACAAAACAAAAGCACAUCAACCGUUACUACGAGACGGGCGUGAUUGCCCAGGCGGGUCAUACACGCUUUUCCCUUACCUUUGGCAUCCGUUGCAACAUCAACACUGCUGCUGCUUGAUAAUUCACACGCUGCACUCACGUAGAUAGGCGACGAUAGGAUAGGGAUAGGGAUUUCUCGUUCGUUUUUUUUCUAUCUCCCACCCACAGCAGUGUUGGUUGUGAGGAGGAGAGCAAGCGAUAUCGUACCGGAGAUUCGGGCGUAUGUUUGCGGACAGCUGAGAUAAAAUCCAUCCCCUUAUGUCCACACAGUCGGUAAUGUAAGCAGUAGACCGAAGCGUGCAAUGAAUCAGUGCGCGAGAUCAUGUCCCAGGAACCGGACAUGGCAGUGGUGCUGUGUGAAGUUAUCAAAUAGUGCGCGCGUUCAGCUUCAGCGUGAUUCGGAGGUUUUAAUCUACUACCGCACAGUAAAAUAAAGCACGUUUGACAUGCGAGCCUCCCGUGUCCCACCGGAUGGUGGCUUUGGGUGGGUUGUAGUGGCCGGUUGUGCACUGGUGAAUGUGUUCAAUCAAUCGUUGGUCUCUGUGUUUGGGCUCAUGUUUGCGGACUACCUCGCCAGUCUCGGAGAGCACGCCUUUGGGGCGGCGCUGGUGAUGAACGUGAUGAACAUUUCGCUCAACUUUUCCGGCCUCAUUACCGGGCCCAUUAUCAAACACUUCAAUCCAAGAAAGGCCGCUAUUCUGGGUAGUCUGCUGACGGGCACUGCGCUCUCGCUAUGUUCGUACAGUACCAAACUGUGGCAGAUUGUGCUAUCGUACAGUGUGACCUUUGGAUUUGGACUGGGGCUAAUACAGUCGUCCACGUUCGUUGCCCUCAACUCCUACUUUCGUCAUCGCAAGGGACGAGCGGUGGGCUUUGCGCUGGCAGGAACCGGCAUUGGUCAGAUUCUGAUGCCGCUGCUCGUGCAGUAUCUUCUGAGCAACUUUAACUUUAGAGACACAACUCUUAUCAUCGGUGGACUAGCGUUUAAUGGAGUGGUUGGUGCCAGCUUACUCCAGCCCGUAGAAUGGCACCUGAAGGAUAGUGUGGCGGGAGAUGAUAGGGAGAGCCAACCACUGCUGGCUAUGGAUAAGCCGAGCUCACAUGCCAAUGGAACUUCUUGCAAGAAAGCAUCUUGCGGUUGGUCAAAACUAGCUGCCUUGAUGGAUUUUGCCAUUCUCAAGCAGGUUUCGUUUUUGAACUUGAUCGUUGGUCUUGGACUAGCGUACACAGCGUCGACAAGUUUCUCUUUAUUUUUUCCUUACUUUCUACAGAAAUCUGCCAAUCUAACCAUGCUCGAAGCGGCCAACUGCAUGUCGGUGCUUUCUACGACUGAUCUCAUCACGAGGAUAACCGUCCCGGCGUUUGUGGAUAGGAUGGAGUUUUCCCACCGUACCACGUUUCUGCUAGCCGGAAUCUGCCUGGUGGUGGCACGCUCUGUUAUGGCCGAAAUGCGCUCCCUGGUGCCGCUCAUGGUCACGUCCGCCUUUUACGGUAUCUUCCGCUCGAUCACGAUCGUCAAUCAGAACCUGACGGUGGCGGAAUAUUGCGGCGAGAGAAAGAUCGAAAAGAUGCUCCCCAAUGCGCUUGGGUUUAAUAUGGUAACGAAGGGCAUACUGGUGCUGACCCUUGGGCAAAUCCUUGGCUGGUUUGCUGACUUUACCGGCAGCUACUCGUUGAACUUGCACGCCCAGAACCUACUGCUCGUAACGACCUGCGUGCUGUGGUUGUGCGAAAUGUACUUUAAAGACGAUAACUAACCUGUGGCAGACCUCUUACUAGUCGUUUAAAUUUGUUAAUUUGAUGAUAAGCAUAGAAAAUACAAAUUCGCGGACGUUUGCACUUGA